UUAGUGGCGGCGGAGGGAAGCAGUGCCUGGAGAGUGAGAGCAGCAGGAGCAGCAGCAGCAGUCUGGCGGCCGUGAGGGUGGAGGUGUGGGUAGUGCCUCACGCUUGCUGCCUCACGUCAUCUCACUGGCACUGGCACUCACUCCCGCUCCGCCGCCCGCCGCUGCUGCAGGUGAUGAAAUAAAAGUGAGUGAUGACGGCGAGGCAGCGGUGCAGGGUCACUUAGUGUUGUGCCUCCCGCCGCUGUCGUCGCCGCCGCCUCCGUCACCAGGUGCCGGGAAGUGAGCAGCGCGAGGGACACGCGGCGAUGACGUGCACAGUUAUCAUGUCAUGUGGAAAGAACAUUUAGAGAACAUUGAUCGAGGCGUGAUACAACCCAGGCUCUGACGGAGACACUUCGGUGUGCCUGCGUACGGCGUGCUGGUGACGUCAUGGGUCACGUUUAGUGUGGCACGGCGGCGGCCUGAGCCACAGGGCCGCCGCCGCCGCCCGGCCCUCCGCGCCCCUCACUUCCUCUGCGGACCUUGUGCCAUUCACUCCACCUCCUCCUUCCACCGUCAGCCACCUCCGCUGCUACUCUUGCCGCAGGCCAACACUUGCUGCGAGACUUGGCUCCAUGCACCGCCACCAUAAACAUUAACAACCAGAUGAAUCGCAUCGCUCCAGAAAGCUGAUUUGUCAAUAGUAAUUACACAUGAUUACCUACGAAUGGCUGAGAUCGAUGCUAAUGUAAUAGAGGUACCCGUGAAGGCACUGGAGGUCAAGUCACGCUAGGUGUCCCCGAGGCCAAGCAUCGCCCGCCCGCCCGCCUCCCACACUCACACAAAGACUCACCUGUGGCCGCCCCUCCCCUGACACCUCACCCUCCUUCCACCAAUAUUUUGCCUCCAUUCAUUUAUUUAACUCACUAAACUGGCAGCAUCGCGGGCCACCUGACUCAACAACUCACCCCCGUCACGCCAACCCGUGGCUUCUCCGUCGCCAGCCAUCGUUACCAACCACAUUAUCAUUCUCACGCCAGCCCUUCCCACCCCCAGCACGCCAACACACGCUGGGGUGUCGUGACUCUGCGCCAGUGUGUCUUGGCGGACUAUUACUGCGGCUCAUCGUGCAUGAAACUGGUGCAUCUGGUGCUCGGCGCGGCCCGUGUGGCGGUGACUCUGAGUUCGAAGAAAGAGACUGACUGACUCUCGAGGUCAAGACUGACGUCCUGUUAGCAGAACAGACGGUGGUGCCGUGCGGGCCGGCGUGCGGGAGGCUGAGGCGUGCCACAGAGCCGUGGACGCGGGACUGGCUCCCCACGAGCAGAAGGUCGGCUCAGAGGAAGACAAGGAGCCGUCAGCCUCACUUGGUGUGUCGCAGAUCAUGUCAGUUGGUGUUCUCCCCACCAGCAGGUUUUUUCAUUGGGAAAGUGCUAGGAAGCCUGCCAUCACCCGCUGCGCCUACCGCUCCUCCUCUCCACACCCAGCCCGUGGGGUGUCCCACCUCCACACCCAGUACCCGUGCCCUCACCACCGCCACCACCAUCACCACCACCGGCCGCGGCGGCGACACUUCACAGGGGAAUCCCCACCGUGGCCGCGACGCUCCAGCGAGGCCGCCCCGCCUUCUCUCGCCUCGUCGUGUUUUACCGACUCGUCCAGUCUUCUCACCGCAGACUCGCUCACGCUGAGCAGCGAGGUCUCUUCCGGGGCUGAGCGGUUCCCCAGAAAUUCUGGCACAUUAUUCGUAACAAGAAAUCCCUUUGUCGGCAGCAGGAUGGCCACCGGCGCCCCGAGGAACACCGCUGAGGGGCCGCGGGGCACGUCCACUGCUGCAGCGAGGGAGGUGAAGCAGUACCUAAACAGCACGCUGUUCCCGCGUCCUUCCUCUACCCUGCAGGGCUACGCCUCGCUCUACCACCGCCUCAAGAAGCUGCCCGCUGCCCACAGGAAGGCCCUCCAGCGGAGCAAGGCGUCCGCUCAGGCCGGAUCAGACUCUGACCCUGCCGCCGCGCGUCCUGACGGCCAGGGGGAGUCAGACCUGGAUGACGUGGACUCCCUGGAGUGCCGCAUGCCCUCGCCGCCCCGCCUGGAGAUUCACAUAUAUGUACCCACCGCCGCUGCCGCCUCUGCUGCUGCCGCCACUCACGAAGAAGAUGGUGCAGCGCCACUCUAAGACUCUUGUGUUGCUGCACCUCUGGACUGUAUCCUUUAGCAUGUGUUACUCUCGUCGGUAGCUUUCGUAGUAUCAUGCAGAGAGAGUGUGUGUGACUCAGCCCAGCAGUAUUAAAGCCUCAGUCCGAGCUCUGAGCAGCGUCUUGUCACUAUAGUUAAUUUUGUACGGUCUUAUUGCCUGCUGGUGGACAGACCACGUGUUCCGCCGCUUAGUGACCAGACCACACAGCGCCGCCCGUGCCUCGGAUUGACAGUAACACGCCUUGAGAGAGAGAGAGAGGAAGUCAUAACAAUCAUGAAGGUUGUCGGUCUUGGUCUUUGCGUGUUGGUCGUGCUUGGAAAGAAAUGGCCUUUGUAGAACUUUCGUUGUGUGAAAAGUGAAGUAUGUUAUUUUUAUUGCAUUGUAUAUACGUAUACAUAGAAAUUUGUAUAUUUGCCAGGCAGGCUCGUGGAGAAUGUUUGUGUGUUGUGCUGGGGUGUAAUGUUGGUGGAGAAAUGUGUGGCGCGGGGGAGGCUGAAGACAAGGGACAGGUCAUAUGCUGGCAACAGAAAGACCUCACCUUUUGUCUGUCACCGACACCAAACAAGAAACCAUUACCGCCUCUUGAACUGAAACGACUCACAGUGCAAAGCAAAGAACAGCGCGGCUUCCUCAAGAGAGUAAGGGUGUGGUGUGCACGAGAACCUCACUGAAACACUCCAGCUUUUGUGCAAAUUAUAGACGAUCACGGACCCCCAUCGCUGCGAGGAAGGGACGCCGCGCCAACACGAUAGAAAUACGCACUGACCUCGUGGGGUUUAAGUGGUGACCUUGGGGCGUAAUGGUCGUCACGCAGGUGUUCUCUAUCACACACCACUCACCUGUGUCUCCUGCUUAAUGUUGGGGCUACAUAGGGGCUGAGACAGGCAGUCGUGAGUUAGUGGGAUGACGGAACCAGCUACGAAAAACUAAGCAAUGCCCUGUCACCCCAACACCACUGUCCUGCUGCAGCCUAAGGACGUGUAUCUGGUGAAGGGAAGGAGCUUAGGGCGCGAUGAGGGAUGUGGGAGGUGAGCCGCGGGGUUUAUAGAUGUGUGAUGCAUUACCUGGACACACAACACGUGGUAAUCAUUGCGCUUCCAAUCCCCGCUUGCCCAUAAUUAGUUAAGCCACCGCUUGGAGACCUUUCGUCCUCCUCCUCCUCCUCCUCCUCCUCCUCCUCCUGGUACUAAUCAUGGUUACCUCUUCUCAUGCUUUCACUCUCAUUCAUCACUCUUGUCCUUGUUCAUCCUCAUCAUUGUCCUCCUCACACACGUUCCUCUGGUUUGCACUCAUGUAUUAUUCGUUCUUGUGCCUGCUUUUCUUUCGUUGUUCUCGUUCCCAUUGUCUUUGUUCUUUAUUUUUGUUCUUGCUUUCCUACUACUCAUUGUUCGUUUUCUCCUUGUUUUCAUGUUCUUUAUUCUCUUUCUCAUCGUCGUUGUUUAUCCUUGUCACCUUCCACCUUCUCAUUAUUCUCUGUAUUUUCUUUCCUCCUCCUCCUCCUCCUGAAAUUUACCUCAAACAUGUUACUUUUCUUUUUCCUUAUUUUUUUUGUCCUUGUGCGAGUUAAACACGAGCGUUCAUGCACGUUUAUUCAGGAAAUGCCUCGUGCAAUAACAAGCCAAGAACUCAUGCCAUGUGUGCUAUGCCUUGUAAUACCCACCGAGCAUUACACACACACACACACACACACACACACACACACACACACACACACACACACACACACACACACACACACACACACACACACACACACACACACACACCGCGU